ACCACAAAGUCACACAGCGUCCCGGUUUUAACACGCUUUCACCUGUCACAUUACCCGAAAACUUUGCUUUUUUGCAUUUCCCCCGCGGGCUUUGGCACCGUCUGAUGUGCUCCGGGCAGUGGAUUUUUUUCUCCCCACACCUCCAACUUUCUGCACCGGCUGCCGCGCUCCAGGCUCCCGGGGCUCCCGCUGCCCUGCCCGGCUGCUGCUGCUGCUGCAACACCGUCCCCUCGACCACGCGUGUCGAGGGCGAAAAGUGCUGAAAACAGUUUUAAAACCCUCAUUUUGAUUCGGGACUGCUGAUCAGAGAUUUGUAAAGUUUUUGUCCAUUUGGGCUUUAACUUGACGACCCUGUCGCUGCCGGUGAACUCUCCGAUAAAGUGCUACAGUUUCACUUAUAAUUUCUAUCAGAAAGACGAAGAGAACGAGGACCUUUUUUUAUACAAACUCUUUAAAACACGGAGGAUCCAUGAUGAGCAAACCCACUGGCUCCACAAGUGGCUGUUUGGAUAUUCUGAGUGUCAAGUCAAGUCGGAUUCUGGACAUCCCAUGCAAAGUGUGCGGAGAUCGCAGCUCAGGGAAGCACUACGGUGUGUACGCCUGUGACGGCUGCUCGGGGUUCUUCAAGAGGAGCAUCCGCAGAAACCGGACCUACGUUUGUAAAUCUGGCUCACAGGGGGGUUGUCCCGUGGACAAAACUCACAGGAACCAAUGCCGAGCGUGCCGUUUGAAAAAGUGUCUGGAAGUGAACAUGAAUAAAGACGCUGUUCAGCAUGAGAGGGGGCCCCGCACGUCCACCAUCCGCAAACAGGUCGCGCUGUAUUUCCGGGGCCACAAAGAAGUGAACGGCUCCUCGACCCAUUUCCCGGGAUCCUCGCUGCCCGGGCCUCCCUUCUUCACCACCGUCUCGCAGCUGGAGCCUCACAACCUGGAGAUGAGUUCAGUGGCCACCACGCCGGAAAGACAGACCAUCGUGGGUCUGGCGCAACCCACCCCUAAGUAUCCCCACGAGGUGACUGGCACCCCCAUGUACCUGUACGAGGUGGCAACGGAAUCCGUGUGUGAGUCUGCGGCGCGCCUCCUCUUCAUGAGCAUCAAGUGGGCCAAAAGUGUGCCGGCCUUCUCCACCCUUCCCUUAUCUGACCAGCUGAUUCUGUUGGAGGAUGCAUGGAGGGAACUGUUUGUUCUGGGCAUCGCGCAGUGGGCCAUUCCUGUGGACUCAUCUACUCUUCUGGCCGUUUCUGGAAUGAACACAGAAAACACUGAGGCUCAGCGGAUGAGCAAGAUCAUGUCUGAGAUUCAAGCCCUUCAAGAGGUGGUCACCAGAUUCAGACAGAUGCGUCUGGACGCAACAGAGUUCGCGUGUUUGAAAUGUAUCGUGACAUUCAAAGCAGUUCCCACGCAAGGCAGCUCUGAAUUAAGAGGUUUCCGCAACGCCAGCGCCAUCGCUGCACUACAAGACGAGGCCCAGCUCACUCUCAACAGUUACAUACACACCAGGUACCCCACUCAGCCCUGUCGCUUCGGGAAGCUGCUCCUGCUCCUGCCGGCGCUGCGCUCAGUCAGCCCGUCCACGAUAGAGGAGGUGUUCUUCAAAAAGACCAUCGGAAACGUGCCCAUCACCAGGCUCCUCUCCGACAUGUACAAGUCCAGCGAUAUAUGAACUCUCGCCAACUGUCCACGCACGCAGUGGAAGGGACUCGUAGCAGGUGCAACCGUGGGUUGAUUUUUCUUUUUCUUUCUUCAUCUGAACACAGUAUCUCUCGGGCGGUCUUAGUAUAGCCUGAAACAAAGACUGCAACACAUCCGGAUCACCACUUAGCCUGUUUUAACAGUCGCACUAGUUAAGGAUUAGGCAUGUAGGUACCUUGCAUUCAUUAUAGACUGCUGUAUUCAAAACCGCGGUUUCUGAAAUGCUGCCUUAUCAGACUCUCAGAGCACCUGCCAAGUCCAUCUGACAGAGAAAAUAUUGCAUAUCACUGUUUAUCAACUGUCAGUAAGACCAAUGAGCUUGACGACCAAUUCUAAUGGCUGUGUUCAAUCCCAAUGGAGGAAACCAAAAAACUGACUACGCAUGCGCAGUAGCGGGGCGUAGGUGUCGCUGUUCCUCGGUCCAGUGCUGAAACCAAACGCACGGAGCAGCGAUGAAGAGGUGCCAGUGUGUACAAAUAUUAAUCCGAGGAUGGUGUUCGUAUUUCAGUGGCCACUGUCCAAUUUGUGUUGGUGUUUGAGGCGCAGCAUUAAGCAUUUUUUGAAGUGGACUUUGUGAAGUUAGACACUAACACCCGUUAAAAAAAUAAUAUUCAGCACUUGGAAAUGUUUUUGUUGACUGUGAUGUUUUUAUCUGUUGUAAAUAUAUGGAGUUAUAACCAUUUAGAGUUGUAACAAAGAGAAUAAAAGAUGAUGAAUUCAA